GUCCACCUGCCAACUCACCUCUGUAUAAAAGCUCACCGCCUCAUCCCACCCGAAGCUCUCCGCGAUAUUAGCUCGCUUCUUCGUUUUCUAAUACAGACUAGAAGAAGAAGAGCAGGGAGAUUUGAAACUAUGCUUGUUUAUCAGGAUAUUCUUACUGGUGAUGAGCUUCUCUCGGACUCAUUCCCAUACAAGGAGAUUGAGAAUGGAAUGCUGUGGGAGGUGGAGGGAAAGUGGGUUGUUAAAGGGGCAAUCAAUGUGGAUAUAGGCGCUAAUCCUUCAGCAGAAGGCGGUGAAGAUGAAGGUGUAGAUGAUCAAGCUGUUAAAGUGGUCGAUAUUGUUGACACUUUCAGGCUUCAGGAGCAACCCGCGUUUGAUAAGAAGCAAUUUGUUAGUUACAUGAAGAAAUACAUUAAGUCGCUGACGCCGAAAUUAGAUCCGGAGAAGCAAGAGUUGUUUAAGAAGCACAUUGAGGGAGCAACCAAGUAUCUCCUCUCGAAGCUCAGUGAUCUCCAAUUUUUUGUGGGAGAGAGUAUGCACGAUGACAGCACCAUCGUGUUUGCAUACUACAAGGAAGGUGCCACCGAUCCAACUUUUAUCUACCUUGCCUAUGGAUUGAAGGAAAUCAAGUGUUAGAUGGUAACUUCCAGCAGUUAUUGUAUUUGAGCCGCGAACCUCUAGUUACAUCUAGAGGUUAAGAGGGACUGAGAACCUAUAUUUAUUGUCGUCAGUAGUUUUCCCCCUUUUUAUUUGGACUGGAUUAUCUAUAAUCUAUUGGAACAUCUUUGGGCUUUCUCAAAA